AUGGCGUCCAGUGAGGAGAUUCGUCUUCUCUCUCUAAUCGAAUCUUCCGACGCCGGUAAUAUCUUCGCCUCCGUCUCCGAUUACCUUCGACCUUUCUCUGCUCUAUCAACAACUUCUCGGAAACAAGACCCAACACUUACCGUUCGAUCCCUCGGCAAGCGAUUCCUUCCUUUCCUCAACAAAUCGAUCUCGCUCUUACCCAAACGCCUCUCCGUCGCGAAUCCCGACAAGGAAUCUCGUGAAUCUGCCGAAGAUUUGUUCCGUGCUUAUGAACUCUGCUUGGAUUGCUUAGAAUUGGUCUCCUCUCAGUUAGCCUGCAAGCCACAUACCGUUCAACUUCAGAGAUUACGAAUGGUUUACUGUCUCGAUGCUUGGGGUUUUCACGAUAUUGUGUAUACCCAAGCGUUUAAGGUUCUGGAGAAGCUAAGAGGCUCCGAUAUCAGUUCCCGGAACUGCUUGUUGUUGCCGAAGGUUCAGGACGGAGAGUCGGAGCUGGCGAUGGUUCUGGUUGAGGCUGUGGCGGCUAUCUUCAAGGCUGUGGCAAUGGUUCAGCAAACAGACGAUAAACAGUACAGGAAAUGUCUUGUCUUGCUCGAGGAGGUCAGAGCUUGGUUCAGGGUCUUAGAUACCAAGGCGUAUGAGAAGUUGCACAGAGUGCUCGUGGCAAAUCUGGGCAAAUGUGCUAUUUCUCUGGUUAAAGAAGCUGAGCGUUUUGAUGGGGAUUUUGUGCUUUCUUUCUGUGACUCAACUGUGAAGGAACACUAUGAAUCUGCAUUGUCAAAAGAUCGAAUUUAUAAGUUUGCUCGUGAGGUGCUUUCUGUUCUGUUCGGAUUUAAGGAUCGAAGAAUGUCAGUGACCAUUAAUAUAUCAAUGUCUGUGUUGCGCAGCUUAACUUGCCAAUUGAUGGUUGAAACCAAUGAGGAUUUCAUGGAGUUUGUUGACCUGGUUGCUUAUUGCGCUCACAAAUUCCGAGCAUCAGGAGACAUGUAUUGUGUAGAAGUUUCAAAAAGGUUAAAUGAGAUAGCAGCUAUUUUUUCCGAGGCAGUACCACAACUUAAUCUGAUUCUUAGACUUUAUUCGGCGGGGCUGUCCAUCACAGUUUGCGAUUCCAAGUUUGGAGAAAGUAAGGUUAAAGAUUCAACAGAUGAUUGGAAGAUUCAAGCUAUGCUUGAUGAUGAAGCAAGAUGGCAAAGCUUAGUUUCUUUACUCGGUUUGGUUGAUAGUUACUCAGGCGAUGUGGGCAAUCAGACUGAUGUACCAUUGAUUGGUGGACAUAGGAACUAUAAUAGUAAAACAACAGACAGGAACCAGAAGACUUGUUGGCCACAAUGCUUAGAUGCCUUGAGAUUCUUGUGCCAACCACUUGCGGACUUGAUAAAUUCAGUGAAAAGAAAGAUUGUGCUGGAGACAGAAAUUUCCUGCUCUUCUGCUCAUCUUUCUACUAUUCAAGAUGCCUUUCUCCAAUUUUGUGAUGGUUGUCUCUUACUUCAGAGGUGCUCGUCUGACAACGGAGGUAGAGAAACUGACAAUAACAAAGCUCUGUUAAACGUGGCCAUGGGUGCUUUCAUUGUCUCAUUGAGAACCCAGAUUAAAUUGGAGAUCAGUGCGCAUCUAGUUGAGGAUGUAAUUUCCAGUCCAUGGAUCCGAUCUCAAGAACUCAAGUAUCUAUUUGUGUUGCUUUACAAUAUUGGUAUUGUUUUGUACAGAAAUAAGGAGCUUAAAAAGGCUUGUGAAGCGCUCAAGCUCUGCUCCAAGGCAUCAUGGAGAUGUGUUGAACUACACUGUCAGAUGUUUGUAAAUCACUCUAGUUCAUCUGAUAAUGAGCUGUCAGAAGAUGCCAUUAUGGAUUUUGUGGGCGAAGCAUGUAAUGCGUGUGCAUUCUACCUAGAUAUAUUCCAGCAAUGUGGCAGAUGUAACAUUAGACAAACAACUGUGCAUAUUCUAGAAAAUUGGUUGUCAGCUGAACAUCUGAUUAGGAGGUUACCAGGCCCUACGGCAAUUGUAAAACAGUGGGUUAAGAUAGAACGGGGAUGUCACACGAAUCUGGAUGCAGCUGGUUCUUGUACAACUUUGUACUCAUUGCUAUCAUCAGCUAAGAAAAAUUCAAAGCGAGCAAUUGGAAAAAUCGUAGAGCAGGAGCUUCUUGCCUAUGAGGAAGUCUUCCCUUUAAGCUCAAAUCUUGGUCAACAAACGCGAAUCAAAAUAGCAGAUAUCCUUUUGAAGGAUGUUUAUGUCACAAAGAGUAUGCAUGUAGAGAGAUCAAGAAUCUUAAUAUGGAAAGCAAGAAUGGCAAGGACAUCUGGAACUGAACAUCUAUCUGACUGCAUUUGUUUUUUGUCAGAAGCAAUCUCUUUAUUGGGUGAGGUACAUAAUGGGCCAAAUAAAGAGGGUACUCCAUCUUCUCACCAGUUACCUAUUGCGUAUUGCUUGAGAGCUUUCUGUAUCCAGGAAGCUGAACCAAACUCGAAGAAAGUCUUUGAAGAUAUUAGCACUUCCCUAAAUCUUUGGUUGAGGAUUCCUAGCAUAGAUGAAACUGAGGACAAUUUACCAACAGAGAACAUAAUCCCUUUACUAUAUUAUAUGAUUGAUUUGAUGUCAGUGAAGGGAUGUACAAAGCUCCAUCAUGCUAUAUACCAGCUGAUUUUCAGAUUAUUUAAAUGGAAGAAUGUCAAAUUGGAAGUCUGCCUUGCAAUGCUGUGGGAAUGUAGAAGGCUAAGUCAUGCCUUAUGCCCUUCCCCCAUAAGUGAUGCCUUUAUCCUGAACUUAUCAGAGAGUUUUGGUGACAAAUCUACGUGCAUUGAUUUCUGGAUAGAUUGCCUGAAAGAUUCAAAAGCAAAGUUAAUUGGGUUCCAGCAGAUCUUUCAUGAUUUACAUAACAAUUUAUUGUGCACGUCCAAUAAAGAUGAAGGUCCCUUUCAAUCAGACAUUACAAUAGAUGAUAUCAAAGAUGCAGCUUCAGAACUCAUUUCAAGUGCUUCAGUCUCUGGUCAUUCAUCUUUUGAAGCUGCAUAUCUCUAUUAUGAUCUCUGUGAAAGGCUCAUAUCAUUUGGAAAACUUUCAGAGGCUCUUUCCUUUGCAAAAGAAGCCUAUAGGAUACGAACUCUUAUAUUAAACGAUAAAUUUAAGUAUACUGCUGAGAAGCAGUUGGAAGAACACAAUGAUGCAGGGAAAAUAUCGGAGAUACGGACUUUUAGCAUAAAAAAUUUCCAAGUGUUAAAAUCGCCAGCAACUGAUUUUUGGCCUUGUGGGAAUUUUCUCUGGGACAUCAAGCGCUGCUACUUGAGCCCUUGGAAUGUUCUCCAGUGUUAUUUGGAAAGCACCCUUCAGGUUGGAAUUGUUAAUGAGCUAAUAGGGAAUGGACUGGAGGCAGAAACCCUUCUAUCAUGGGGAAAAGCCAUUUCAUGUUCGCAAAGUCUGUUCCCUUUUGUAGUUGCAUUUUCUUCUGCCUUAGGAAAUCUUUACCACAAAAAGCAGAUUAUGGAUUUGGGAGAAAAGGAACUCCGAAAUGCUAAAGACAUAAUUAUUGCUAAUCAGAGAGAAUUUUCUUGUGUAAAGUGCAAACUGAAGUUAGAGGUUACACUGGAUAAGCAACUUGGAGACAUAUCUCGAAAACAAAUUGAUGAUGUUGGAGUUUCCCAGACAGAUGGAUUCUUGCAUGCUGAAAGUCUGUUUAGUACUGCUCUGGGAAAAAUUUGUUGCUCAGCAUGGAAAAGCUGCGUAAGAUCUCAUGGGGAAGAAAUUUCUGAGGGAACAGCGAUUGAUAGAAAUGGAAGGGAAGUUUUAGGACAUAAAUCAAGCAAAAUAAAAGUCAAGGUAAAUAAGGAGCCAACCGCAAGCAAAGGCUCCAGGAGGGGUCGAAAACCUAAAGGUUCCCAAACUUGUGUAUCAAAGGACCAUGAUUUGAUACCUGAGCCAACUUCAAGGCUGACUCGCUCAAUGCGUCAGUCACUUAAAGAGCAAUGCCAAAACCAUAAUGUGCAUGAAGUUGUUUCAAAGAAGCCUAGUUUCUGUGAUGUAUCUGAUGGUUCUGGGGGUGAAAAGGUGUUGUUGGACACAAAAAACGCAGUCCAAGGCUUUUGCAUUUGCUACAAAGGAAAAUUUCAGCAGUGCCUCUCUGUAGAAGUAUCUGAAUCUGGGUCUCUCAACAAAUUAGUAAAUUUGAAAUGGGAAAUUUGCCAUAGGAGGCUUGCGUCCUCAAUACUUGUUAAGCUCGGAAAAUGUUUGGCGGACUCUGGUAGAGUUCAUCUAGCUCAUGAGGCACUACUGCAUAGUGCCGCUGUUUUAUUUAAAAGCAACUGGUCCAGCCACAACCUACCUUCUGUCAGCCAGUUGCUGGAGUUUAUUGGGAAAGAAGUUACAAUGGAUGUAUUUGCUAUUGAUCGUGCAAUAAUACUAUACAACUUGUGCUGGUUAAGUUUGCGGAAUUACCACUACAGGGAGAGCAGGUCUAUUUGCUGUGAUCUGUCUGAUAUUCCUUUCACAAAACUGGUGUCAUGGUUGAUGUUAGCAUUUGUACUCAGCCGAGAGGUUCCAAUACUAUUUCAAAAGGUUUCAAGAUUGCUUGCUUCUUUAUAUCUACUUUCUACAUCAAGUGCUGAAUUCUCAUUCGAAUGUGAUGGAAAUGAGCUGUCUACAAGUCAUUGGGUCUCAUAUUUCCAUCAAGCCUCGCUUGGUACACAUAUUAGUUACCAUUUCAUUUCAAAUUUAAGCCGAAGACACAAAUUGCCUUGUGUCUCAGAUAAAGAGUGUACAGAGGCUACCUGCUCGAGUUGUAUGGUUCCUGAGGAGUUGGACUUACCCAGGCUUGCUCCUGAGCGUACUCAAGAUCUUGUACAAUUUGCUAAAGAAUUCUUCAACAAUCUUCCAAGCUCAGCAAUCAUCUGUAUUAGUUUGCUUGGAGGCGCUUUAAAUCGAUUGUUACAGGAGCUAAUGCAAAUUCAUUCACCUGUUUGUGCCUGGGUGCUCGUAUCACGCCUAAACUUAAAUAGUCAACCGAUUGCUACACUUCUACCUGUAGAUUCAAUUCUAGAAGACAUGUCAGAUGACGGUGCAAAUCUUAGCUGUACGAAGGUGACUCAAGUCAAUAAUUUGGAGAGGCGCUGGCUUUGUCCAUGGGGUUCCACCGUGGUUGAUGUUGUAGCUCCAGCGUUUAAAUCAAUAAUGGAGGAAAACUUCACAUCUGCUGCUGACUUUCCUUCAGAAGACACAAAAGAGAGUAGAUGCUUGUGGUGGGAAAAGAGAAAGAAACUUGAUCACCAUCUUGGAAAAUUCCUAAGGAAUCUAGAAGCUUCCUGGCUGGGUCCCUGGAGAUGUUUGCUUCUUGGAGACUUGUCAAACUACAAAUUGCCCGACUCUGUGCAGAAAAAAAUAGUAAAUGAUCUCAAAUCCAAGUGCAAAAUGGAAGUAAAUGAGAUGCUUUUGAGGGUUAUUCUUGGAGGCGGGAUUGAAAACUUUAAAGGAGAAGCAUGCAUUGCUCAGAUUUCUUUAAGAAAUGGUUGCUAUGUAGGUAGAGGGGGAUAUCUUUAUGAAGAGGAUAGCUGUAAAACUCCUACUACUGCAUCUAAUAUUUCUGAAAGUAGGCAUGGGUUGGCCUUAAAACUGAUACAUGAAGCAGCAGCCAAACUAGAGCAACAGGACGGACAUGAAAAUAGAGAACCUAUCAUUCUUGUGUUAGAUCCUGAGGUUCAGAUGCUUCCUUGGGAGAGUAUUCCAAUACUUCGGAAACAGGAGGUCUACCGCAUGCCUUCUGUUGGUAGCAUAUCGUCUGUGCUGAAGAAGCGCUCUCUCCAAGGAGAACCAGCAAUAUCUCAUGUUGCUGCUUUCCCUCUGAUUGAUCCUCUAGAUUCAUUUUACUUGUUGAACCCCGGUGGUGAUCUCACUAAUACACAACUCGAGUUUGAGAGUUGGUUCAGAGAUCAAAACUUUGAGGGGAAAGCUGGGUCAGUACCAAGUACUGAAGAGUUGACAGAAGCAUUGAAAAAUCAUGAUCUCUUUCUUUACUUCGGUCAUGGAAGUG